GUGAUGCAUGUCAUGGCUGCCUCCAUGGCCCGGGGCGGCGUGAGUGCCAGGGUUCUGCUGCAGACUGCCGGGGGCACCUGGUGGAACCGAACUGGGGGCACUUCGGGGUCGGGGGAGGGGAUGGCGCCGGGGACAACCAGAAAGUUUCAAGCGACAGGCUCGCGCCCGGCAGGAGAGGAAGAGACAGGCGGCCCCGAGCAGCCCGGGGACGUGGUGAACGUGGUGUUCGUAGACCGCUCAGGCCAGCGGAUCCCAGUGAGCGGCAGAGUCGGGGACAAUGUUCUGCACCUGGCACAGCGCCACGGGGUGGACCUGGAAGGGGCCUGUGAAGCCUCCCUGGCCUGCUCCACCUGCCAUGUAUAUGUGAGUGAAGACCACCUGGAUCUCCUGCCUCCUCCCGAGGAGAGGGAAGACGACAUGCUAGACAUGGCCCCCCUCCUCCAGGAGAACUCGCGGCUGGGCUGCCAGAUCGUGCUGACGCCAGAGCUGGAAGGAGCGGAAUUCACCCUGCCCAAGAUCACCAGGAACUUCUACGUGGACGGCCACGUCCCCAAGCCCCACUGACAUGGCCACCUGGACUGUUACACAUUGCCAUGACCCCAGGGCCCAGACUGAGGGAAUAGCCAAGUGCCAGCCCUGCCCAGAGAGCGGACAGGCCCGGGAGAGAUGUGGAAGCCCCUGCGAAUGACAACAUCCCUGCUUGGGAGAGAUUCCCGUGUCCAGGCUCCGGCAGGGCCCAGGCCCCUAGUGGGGUGGCCUUCCCCAAGCCCCUGAGAAUCGGUGUGAGUAGGAGUGGACUCAGAUUGGAGCUGCAAUAAAUCAGUAUCACAGGCUCCAGCAUGUUGAGUGUCCUUGGGGGAUAGAUCUGGGGUCUACAUGUGGCUCACACCUGUAAUCCCAGCACUUUGGGAGGCCAAGAUGGGAGAAUCACUUGAGGCCAGGAGCUUAAGACCAUCCUGGGCAACAUGGCGAGACCUUGUCACUAUAAAACAGUAAAAAUUAGCGUAGAGUGGUGGUAAGUGCCUGUGGUCCCAGCUACUCGGGAGACUGAGGUGGGAGGAUCACUUGAGCCCAGGAGAUUUAGGCUGCAGUGGAACGGUGAUCAGGCCAUUCCACUCCAGCCGGGGUGACAGAAUGAGGCCCUGUCUCAAAAAAAAAAACAAAAACCAAAACCUGCAUCUGCUGUGCUGGGCCCCCGACUCUCCUCCCUCUGGGAUCUAAGAUCCCGCUGGGGAUCCGAAGCAGAGGCCUGGGAGCCCCCAUUUCCGAGGGGUAGGGCCAGCAUGGAAGGCCCCGCCCCGCAGCUGCGGAAGGAUUUGGUGGGGUCCAGGCAGCCUUUGGCACGCAGGGGUGCGCAGAUGACCUGAAAAAAGCCAGAAAGAGGAAAGGCGCCGCCGAGGCUGGUCACUCUCAGCUGGGGCUCAUCGCAUCCUUGGCCAGGAGCGCUCCCACCCCACAGGUCCCGCCCCCCCCAGGUGGGUUUCAUCGGGUGAGCCCAGCGGGACAGGGCCGGGCGAAAUUAGGGAGGGGGCUGGGCUGGGGCGCAAUGGAGGCCGAGCCAGCCCCGGACUCCACGAUGCCAGCAAAGCUGCUGGCGCCGCCCUGUCUGGACCUGGAGCCGCUGGGAGGAUCCCCCUCCCAGGAGAAGCCGAGGACCCCAGGAUGCUGCAGAAUCAGUGGGAGGUGCGUAAGGCCAAACCCCUUCCCCAGACCCCGCUAGCACUUCACUAGCUGGUUCAGUGAUCAGGGGGUCGUGACCUCUCGUUCCUGGGGUUAUCGAGAAGUGGCAAUUUUAUAAUAGUUACUGAAACUUACAAAGAGGUUCUGGUCCCCAGAGACACUUGGGGUCAUCUAGGGAUCAGAGGCCAUGCAAUUCCAUGUCUCUGGGGCUGAUGUAGGCACUCCCCAGGGAUCAUCCAGGGGUUAGGGAGGGCAACUCAGUAAUAAUGAAAAUGGUAAAAAUCGUAAUCAUAUUAUGGCAAGCCAGCGGCGUGGUGGCGCGCGCCUGUAAGUCCCAGCUACUCGGGAGGCUGAGGCGGAAGGAUCGCUGGAGCCCGAGUUCUAGGCUGCACUGAGGCCUGAUCACGCCCCUGCACUCCAGGCGGGGGUACAGAGUGAGGCUCGGUCUCUAAAAGAAACACAAAGAAAAAAAGUAACCUUUUUCUCCAUCCUGCAGCCAGAGGCUUGAAAUCCUGCCUCGGUCACCUAGGGCGGUCCCUGCCUGGGUGAUCUACGGGUGCCGUAAAGGGUUGAUUGAUGUGAAGGGCUGAGAGUGUGCCUGGGAGGCCCACGCUGGGCGAGGUGAGCUGCAAUUACUUUGCAACUCUUAAACCUUCCACCCAGAGUUAGGAAUGGCUGAACCUCAGGUGGAGUGUGUAGCCUGCCCCAGGGUACACAAAGAGCCGGCCCAAGUUGGAACCCCCUGGCCGGCUAAACCCAGGAGUCACCCAAGAAAAAGUGACCCCACUGCCCUUCUCCCCAGGUCCCUCUGGCCUGCAUGCCAGGACUCGGUCACCGCCCUGCGCUUCCUCCAAGAGACAGUGGAGAGGCUGGGUCAGUCCCCUACGCAGGACACCCCGGUCCUGGGGCCUUGCUGGGACCCAAUGGCUCUGGGGACUCAGGGCCGCCUGCUGCUGGACAGGGAUUCCAAGGACACGCAGACCCGGAUCAACCAAAAGGGCCACUGCCUGCAGCCCCCCCGGGACUCCCCCUGCCUCACCUCAGAGAAGGCCCCGGAAACAGCCAAACCCCUGCCGGAGCACUGAGAAACUGGACCCUGGGUUCGAAGGGGUGACUCUGAAGUUUCAGAUAAAGCCAGACUCCAGCCUGCAGAUCAUCCCCACGUACAGCCUGCCCUGUAGUAGCCGCUCUCAGGAAUCCCCUGCAGAUGCUGUUGAGGGCCCUGCAGCCCACCCAAGAGGCACUGAGGCCCACUCAGCAGGCAGCGAGGCCCUGGAGCCCCGGCGCUGUGCUUCCUGUCAGACCCAGAGGACCCCGCUCUGGAGAGACGCUGAAGAUGGGACCCCUCUCUGCAACGCCUGUGGGAUCAGGUACAAGAAAUAUGGCACUCGCUGCUCCAGCUGCUGGCUGGUGCCCAGGAAAAAUGUCCAGCCCAAGAGGCUAUGUGGCAGAUGUGGAGUGUCCCUGGAACCCAUUCAGGAAGGUUAAACCCACCUUCACCCUGCUGACCCGCUUCUUCUGCCUCCGUUUCACCAGUGGGAGAAUGGGCAGAAGCAGUUCUCCCAGGAGGAUCGGGGAAAGAGCCAGCUUGCCUCCUCUCUGCCAUCUCCAGAUUCAAGGAUCCCAGGGGAAGACCCAGGCCUCAGGUGGCAGAGCCUGCUAGGGGUCACUGGCUCCUUCUCCAGGCAGCCUUGGCUGAGGCCCCCUCAGGAGGCAUUCUCAGGAAGGAUGAGCAUUGCUACAGCAGGGACAAUAAAGUGCAGAGAUACUCGGAGA